AUGCCGUCUUGCGUCGUUAAGGGGUGUAAAAAUAAUAGCAAAUUAAACAAGAAAUCUGAUGGAAUUACUUUUCAUCUAUUUCCAACGGAUAUAGAAAUAAAAAGUAAAUGGGUUGCCGCUAUAAGAGUUUGCAGAAAUGAACCACAAUGGACGCCAUCGAAAUCCAGUGUGGUUUGUUCCGAUCAUUUUGUUAGUGAUGAUCUGUAUAUAACUCAACAUGGAUUUCGCCGUGUGAUAAGGACUGGAUAUCCUAAAAAAAUGUUGUAUUUAUCUUCCAAACUGAUUUACGAAUGUCCAGUUUCUCUAAGCAUAUCGGCUGCCCCUGAUCACAAAUUACCCGAGUCGCACAACGAAGCCGUAGGAAAUACGGCAUUACCAAGUACAUCUGCAUGUGAUCCAAUGAGUUUGGUAACCGUUGAAAUCAAGUCAUUAGCAAGUGCAUCCUCUUCAAGUUCUGAUUCCGAAUUACCCGAGUCGCCUAAUCUUGAUAGCAAACAAAUAACGCCAGGGUCCAACGCUUCAACUCCAUCUGCUUUCGUGCUUUCUACUGUAAAAUCACAAAUGAUCGGGCAACAGAAGUCAGACGAUCAAAUGAGUAAAAAAGAAAUGAGAAUAAAACUUAGAAGACAGUCUAACCUUAUAAAACACAGCAAGAAAAAAAUUAAAACCUUAUUACAAAAGAUCAGACGCCUUCAAAAGAGGAACAAAUCUCUAAAAGACAUAAUACACAAUUUAAAAAAAGAAAAACUCGUCAGAGCAGAAAAGAUACUUUCAACGCUUGCUUCUCGUAUGUAG